AUGUGGGUGUUUUUGCUACUAUGUUACGUGCUAGCAAGCAUUGUGUCGCUUGCGUUUCUCCAGUACCAUAUCAACUUGUUCCACCAUAAGAUCUACUUGCUGGUGCCGUUGUUUCUUGCCAUUUACAUGCCGCUAUCAAUUACGUUUUUCUUGCCGGUGGACUAUGUGAAGCAUAACUCGAAAACGGAUAUUUUUGGUUUUACUAUAAGUGAUCAGGCCAUUUUGCUUAUAUGGAAGUCAAACUAUUGGAGUACGUUCUUGCUUACAUGGCUUUUACUCCCUGUGCUUCAAGAGUUCUAUAGAUCGGGUCAUUUCCAUAGACUUCCCAAGCUUAAAGACGCUUUCAGGGAGCACCUUAAGUUCCAGGCGGUUGUGCUUUUGGUCGGCAUUGCGGGUGCAAUUUAUUUAAUGCUCGAGGUUGGUCUUUCUGUUGGUCACUUGAGAUCUAUGAUUAUUGCCUUGUCUCACAUUUACGCCUUGGUGCUAGCGCUUUGGCUUAUGGCACACGGAUUGAUUGCCAUUCCUAGAAACAGAUGGGUCGAGGGUAACCUUAUGCAAAAUUUGAACCAUCACUAUUUGAAAGUACCAAGGUUGGUGGAUGCUUUAGAAGAUAGCAAGAUCGCCUUCAAGGAAGACCUUCUUCAGGUUUUGGUUUUGGAAAUGAACUACACGUCUAUGAACGUGGAAGAGAACUUCGAGUUCAGAGAUUGGAUCUUCUCUCUUUCAAAUCAGAUCCUCCAGACCUUCUACGUUUACGACCUGUCGAACGCAAUUACAAGAGACCAGGUCAAUGUCAAUUUCCUCAAGAACUUGACUUACAACUUCCAAAACCAUUUGUAUAAGCUCACUGCUUAUGAAUCGGAGUACAACAUUCUACUAGGCCAGAUUUCUCGCAUACAGACAUUACUUGCAGCCAAAGCUGCCGAAAAUCCAUUUGAAAGAGACCAAAUAAUGCUGUCGCUUAAAUUCAGACCUUUUCCUCCACAAGUCAACUAUUACUUCCAAUGCUACGUUCAGCCAGUUUCCCGCAGAAUUUUUUCGGUGCUUCUUUUUGCUGUGUCCCUUGUUAUUGUCCAGUCAGAGUUUUUCCAUUCCACAAAGUUAUCGCUCAUGAACACCUUGGUUUAUCAAACUGGUAUUCACAACCAUAAUUUCUUACAAGCAGUGUUCACGAGUGUCAUCUUUCUGUACAUGUUGUUUUGCUCGCUUAACUCUAUGGCAAAGCUUAAAAUAUUCAACAAGUACCAUUUGGUGCCUAGAGAUUCUGACCCAGUUUCGGCUGCCUUCUAUGCAUCUUACAUUGCCAGAUUGACUAUUCCACUUUCUUACAACUUCAUCACGCUUUUUGCAAGCAGAGACUCGAUUUUUGAAGAAUGGUAUGGUAAAUCAAUCCACUUGACUGGAUUGUUUAACUUGAUGAACAACUGGAUCCCAAGGUUGCUUCUCAUUCCAAUUGUCUUGACCACGUUCAAUGUUUACGAAAUUGUGAAGAAGAAGCUCGGCUUCCUGGCUGACUUUUACGGUGCUUGGGCUGACUUUGAUAACGAUGAUGAAGUUGCCGAGUCUGAAGACCCACUGGCAAAGCGUAAGGAUCUCAUCAUUGUGGAAGCGAGAAGAAUAGUUUCCCUUGAACUCAACCGUCGCAACCAAGGUCCACAAAGGGUGCCCAACUACACCGAUUCUUCAAGCAGGCUGAGCAGGCUGAGGAGAACAAACGAUACAGCAUUGAACGACACAUUGGCUAGCAAUAUAGGCCAAACCUUUGGUGGAUCUUUAUCCAACAGAAUUGAUUCUUAUCAUGACGAAGAGAGUGAAACAGGAAGACCAUCAUUCGGAAUGCUGACAAGAUUCGGGAGACAAGAAGCAUCGUAUCGUGACGAUCCUAUUGAUUCAUACGACUACGAUGACGAUGCCAAUGAGAACUUAGUGCUAUAG